UAUUUUGAUUGAUAAUAAAAAUAAAAAGAAUGUUAUAAACUUUUUACAUUAUUUUGAUCGAAAAUUUAAUGCAAGUUAGAGAUUUAUUUAUAAAAUGGCGACUUCCUAGACAAGAAAAAAAAAUAAAAAAAAUAGAACCAAGUUUCUUAUACUUACCCGUUUGAAAAGUCAUGGUAGCAUAUGGGAAGGAGCAUGAGGGUUGACCGGACUCCAUGAUGGAUGGUUACGCACCCUCAAGGAGACGUCACAUAUGCGUCAUGCUGACACGAAGUCGAAUGGCUCAGCUGAUUUUAUGUCUCCUCCUUGUAUUAAUUAUGACGCCGCUGGUUGCUCAUUAUUACAUCUCCAAUAUGAGCGGUCAGAGCAUCGAAGGUCACAGAUCAAGGCUACCGUCUGCUCAUAGUGAUGAAGAGGGUUUCAAUGGUGUACAAUGUAACGAUCUCAAAAAUCAGGUCACCGAACUCCGGCGUAUUCGUGCGUCUGUCAAUAACGAGUUGCGAGAACUAGAGAGUAAACGCCAAGGUCUUCAGGUGGAGAUAACUAAACAUAAAACACAGCUAGAGUCCCUUAGAAUGCAACAAGAAAACAUGGCAAAAGAAAUCCAACAGUCCAAGUUGAAUCUGGACCAGCUUAAAGUAGAAGAACAUGAAUUCGCAAAUCGAUUUCAGCCUCUUCUAAAAGCUCCGGAACAGAUUCUAUUAGACGAGGCAAAUAAAGAUAUCACCAAAGAGCCACCGUCAUCUCCUCACAAUUGUAGAAUGCAUUCUUGUUUUGAUUAUUCAAGAUGUCCACUUUUUUCAGGGUUUCCCGUGUAUGUUUAUGGAUUUACUAAUCAUUUUAAAGAUGAAAAUUUGAAUGAAUUUAUCAAGUCGGCAGUUUAUUAUUCAUUUGAUAAAAGCUCAUAUGUUGUGAAUACCCCAGCAACUGCUUGUAUAUUUGUUGUGUUAUUAGGGGAAACAUUUUCACAAGUUAGUGGCGAGACUUUACAAAAUAAGCUACAAAGUUUGUCACAAUGGAAUGGUGAUGGAAGGAAUCAUGUUUUACUUAAUUUAGCUAGAACUUCUACAAAUUUUGAUUUAUUUAAUGGUGUUAAUACUGGCAGAGCCAUAAUCGUGCAAUCAUCCUUUGUUGAGUCUAUUUAUAGAUUAAAUUAUGAUAUUAUUACUCCACCCACUUUGGGUAACUCUGACGGACCAGUUUGGUCUGAAUUGCCUCCCUUGAAUCCUAUAAGGAGGCAGUAUGUUCUGUCGUUUGUGGGACAGUUUAGUGAUAUUUCAAACAUUGAGGGAGCAGAUUUGUCACACAAUACUAGAUCUGAUUUAAAUAACGACCAGAACUUCAAAUCAAGAAAUUUACAAGCUGAUGUAGAUAUACCUCACUCCAGUAACCCAAAAAGCAUUGCCAGUAAAUUGAUUGAUAUAGAACUGAUGAUUGUGGGUCAUUUAAAAAAAGUAGAAAGUGAGUCAAAAGAUAGUGUUUAUUUUAAUUUCAUGUGCGAUAAAGGUGCCAAGACUGGAUUAAAUGGUGAAUGGGCAUUAUGUGGAACAGAGGCAGAAAGAUCAGAUUAUCUACUGAAAUCUACUUUUAAUAUAAUUAUCUCCCCUGCAAAUUUUAGUCUUGUAUCUACAACAGUGUUUCAGAUGAGAUUGUAUGAAUCUCUAAAAUAUGGAGCGAUUCCAGUGAUACUGGGUGAUUAUACACAUCUUCCUUAUGAAGAACUUCUUGACUGGAGAAAAGUGGCGAUAAUUUUACCAAAGUCACGAAUUUCAGAAAUGUAUUUCAUGUUAAGUACUUACACUGACACAGAUGUAAUGGAUUUUAAAUGGAAUGGACGAAUGUUCUGGGAGACAUAUUUUGCGACAACAACAUCUAUUAUUUCAUCGAUGUUGGCUGUGAUACGUACUCGAUUGCUAAUUCCAGCAAAACCGGUGAGAGAAGAACCUUCUCCAAACUCAGUGACAAAUUUCAUUCCAGUUGCUCAACAUUUAGGUGUGGACCCAGAAGAUGAAACAGACGAGGUUUUAGGGCCGGUUGAACCGCCAUUCCCUUCAAUGACCUACAAACAAAACUUUACUCAUUCAACUCUACGUAAAGUGUUCAAUAAGCCGGGUGAUCCAUUUCAUUUGUUUCCAUUUACACCAUUUGAAAAUAUCUUGCCUUCUGAUUCCAAAUUUAGAGGAUCAGGGUAUGGUUAUCGACCAAUCAAUCAAGGGGAAGGCGGGUCAGGUAAUGAAUUUUCAACAGCCAUUGGUGGAAAUCAUCCCAGGGAACAGUUCACAAUGGUAAUGCUGACCUAUGAACGCUCUGAUGUUUUGAUUAAAGCAGUAACCAGACUAAAAGGAUUACCAUACCUUAACAAAGUUAUUGUUGUGUGGAACAAUCCUGCUGUACCCUCAGAGAACCUUGGCUGGCCAGAUAUUGGGGUGCCCAUUGUUGUUGUAAAAAUGAGCAAGAAUAGUUUAAACAACAGGUUCCUGCCAUUUGAGGCAAUUGAAACAGAGGCUGUAUUAAGUAUAGAUGAUGACUCCCACCUGCGACAUGAUGAAAUCGUGUUUGGUUUUAGGGUAUGGAGAGAGGAAAGAGACAGAAUUGUAGGGUUUCCAGGACGAUAUCACGCCUGGGACGUGAAACACAAUGCCUGGUUAUAUAACUCAAACUAUACAUGUGAGAUGUCCAUGGUUCUUACUGGUGCAGCCUUCUUUCAUAAGUAUUAUGCCUACCUCUAUAGCUACACGAUGCCUCAAGCAGUUCGAGAUAAAGUAGACGAGUACAUGAACUGUGAGGAUAUCGCGAUGAACUUUCUCGUAUCCCAUAUCACGAGGAAACCUCCAGUCAAGGUAACCUCUAGAUGGACAUUCCGCUGCCCUGGUUGCCCACAGCAACUUGCUCUUGAUGAGUCACAUUUUGAAGAACGACAUAAAUGUAUUAACUUCCUUGUAGAGAUUUAUGGUUAUAUGCCUCUAUUAUACACGCAGUUUAGAGUUGAUUCUAUCCUGUUCAAAACCAGGAUAUCUCAUGAUAAACAGAAAUGUUUUAAAUUUAUUUGAUUUACUAAUUAUGUCAUUGAUGAUACAGAGCACAUUGUGGUCAAGUGAGAUAUUUUCAUUGGUCUUUUUUGUUAAAAGGACUUCAGAGGUUUUAUGACUUGACAGGACUGGAAAUACUUUUUAUAGAUUAAUGUUCCACUUAAUGUAGGUCUAGACCAAUAACUUGAGUGCAAAAUGUCACAUCAUUUGCUCACUCUGUUUUCCAGAAUAAAUUAUAUUUGUAAAAAAUGAUGAAAAUUAAAUAGCGUUGCAGCUCAAAUCAGGCUAAGAAUAGCACAAAAAUACUAUUUUCAAUUUAUUUACGAGUAUAGUUCCUAAUUAUUUUUGGCAUAAUUCUUUUAGCAUUAAGUGUCUUAUAUUAGGUUAUUAUUUGUAAACAAUUCAAAUUCUCUAUUUUUUCAGCUUUUGGACCUCAGUAGAGGUGGACAAAUGAACUGAUAUUUUGCAGGCUAGAUAUUGGGCCGAUUUAAUGUUUUAUAAAUAUUGAAAGAAUAUUUUCAGUCCUGUCAUGUCAAAAAACCUUUGUGGAAUCCAUUCAAUUUAAAUUUUUUACAUGAGCAAUAUUAUUUUAAUGGCUUGUUGAACGAGAAUAACACUAACACUCCUGGGAUAUAGAAAUUUAAACAUUUAUGUUUGGGCUUUAGAUAAAUUUGUAUUUUUUUUCCAUAAAAACAGUUUAGACAAGAAAAGUUCUGUAGAAGAAAUAUCUUUAUGUUUGAAAAUGAUUGUUAUUUUUGAUAUGUUAUUUUUUUUAAAAUUUUGUUGAACUUGGUUUACAUUAACAAAGUUGUAACUAAAGGUUUGUACAUACUCAUGUGCACAUACCAUUUCUAACAAAUACAAUGUAGUAGCAGCAUAUACAUAUAUUUAGGUUAAGAUCACAUUGUAAAUUCACUUUUAUUUAUGAAAAACAAACAUUGUUUCAUUGAUUGUACAACAAUUAGAGGGUGAUAGUUGCUUUGUUGGUAUCACACGUUCUGUUGAUUACAGUUAAAUCAUAAAUCAUUGACAGAGAGUAAGUUUCACUAAUUUUUGCAAAAUGAAAAUUUUCCAAAAAUAAAAGUUCAAGCAAGUAUUUACCAUAUACAUGUAUCUAACAUUACUGAGAGUGGAAAUUUGGGAAGAUUUCUGAAAUGUUGAUUUUGUGAAAUAUCGACUGUGCGAAAAUAUCUAAUUUUACAGUAUAAUAACUAAUUACAUAGACCCAAGGGCAUUCCAUAACAUAUGGAUGUUUAUUAUAUUCAAAUAAAGUUGGUGCAUGGAAGAGUUUCAUCAAUGUAAUACGUAUUUUUUGUCUCUUAUUAUACUUCAUGUUUGUAAUGUUGAAUUUCAUUGGACAAUUUUUGUAAUAUUGAAUUUCAUUGGACAAUUUUUGUAAUGUUGAAUUUCAUUGGAAUAUUUUGCUAAUGAAUGCUGCAGUUUUAUAAAUUUGUUGUAAAGACUUUGGACAAUUUAUAUGCCUUUUCAUUAUAUAACCAUUUCUACUUGGCCAUAUAGCCGUCUAAAAAGUCUUUACUAACCUCUUGUGAUAAAAUUGUAGAAACAUUUCAACUCUGUGAUAAGUAAAUAUUCAAUUUACAGCACUGGAGCUGUAGCCAUUUUGGUUUUUCUAUGUAAUUGUAAUAUAGUACAACUGUUAUUUUGCCAUGUAAGUUUGUCUUGUAUAAAGAUAAUUGCCAAAACUGUCACUUAGUGCUGAUCCUAUAUGUAUAUACAAUGUAGAUAAAUAAUGAAAACUUCGCUUUUCAUAAUUUUAAAUGGCUACAAAAAGCAUUAUUUCUUGAUUACAGUAUUGUAUAUGUUUAAUUUUAGGAACAGCCAUAUCUUUUUUUAAGGGAAAUGAAAUAUUGUUUUUUUUUUAAUUUUACUGCUCUCCUAUUAAUUUUUAGCUUGCUGGUAGUCACAAAAUCUUCAGCUCAAUAGGAGAGCAUUGGAUAAGAAAUUCAGAGGUCACUGGUUUGACCCUCAUGCGAGGGGUGAUUUGUCCGAAACGAUUCAUCUCAGACAUUGAAUGUAAUGGUCAUUUGUCUCUCAUCACUGAUUAAGAAAGUAUGUAGGAUAGGUAGUUGGUCACUUGUGGAGAAAUUGGUAAUUACUGGUAAGUUACCCAGGAAAGCAGGUUAGCUGGAUCAACUGUUGAGAUAUGACCAAAAUGUGUUAAAAUGUGCGUAAAAAAAUUGGAAAAACCAACAAACUUUAUUAAUGUAAAUAAUUGUUUUAUAUAAGAAGCUAAGUGUUAACAUUUUGAAAAUUACACAUAGCAAUUGAAUUGUUUCAACACUUUUAUGUGCUGGCAACAUUCAUGCUGUUUGAUCAUGGCCUGCACUGUUUGCUAUUCCAUCAAUACAUUUUUAAAAAAGAUUUCCCGGAAAAUGAUCAAUGGUUUUGUAAUAGAAAGUCUGUUUAAGAUAUAUAGUGUGGUAAAGGUUCAAAUGUUUUACCUUUGCUGGUAGAAUGUGCAUUAUUUUGUGUUUAAUUAUAGGAUAAAGUAGAUUUUCUAAACUGAUACUUCUUGUUAUAUUUGUUGUAAGGAAAACUGAUAUCUGAAUAUGAUAUUGUCAGAACUUAAGUGACUUUGUUGUUGACAAUGUUUUAGUUUAUAUUUCAUUCAUUUAUGUACCAACUGUCCCUUUUAAUGCUGUUUAGAAAUAAUUGUUCAUGAUGAGUAUUAAAAUAAGAUAAUCUUUAGAUGAAAGGUUGAAAAUUUUCGCUUAUUUCAGGGUAGAUAUCAUUUAAUUAAAAAUUACUUGAAUACUGACCACCAAUUUACAGCAAGCAAUAUUUGAUUCUUGUAA